AUGUGUAAGGUGGUCUCGACGGUAGGUCUAGACGUUAACCUCUCCAAAACGAAGAUCAUGGAAGCACCUGACCUGACUAACGGCCCAAGGACUGAACGAGGUGAACCGAACAUCGAAGAGAUCAAAAACUUUAAGUACUACGGCUCUGUACUGGCAAGAGCAUGGAAGCUGCGAUAUGAAAGUAGAGCGGCGCUUAAGACUGACAUCUGUGAACUUCGGGCGACUUUCUAA